AUGAAGGUCCUCCCAUCCCUCCCUUGGGCUGGCGGCGAACAGUUCAACGCUGCGGCGCAAGACGAGGGAACCUUUGCCGAGUGGCUCGACGAGCUGCCGAUCGAGGUGGCUACGGCGACCGCCCGGCUGCUCAAGCACCACGCGCGCUCCGGCGCGUGGAUCGAGAUUCACCCCGGCAGCCCCAGCCAGGCCCCGCGCGCUGGCCGCGACCGCGACCGCGGCCCUUCACUCGAGCCCGAACUGCCUAUCAGACGUGCCGGAGCCGUCCGACUGUAG